CCAGCUUGCACAGAGUGGAGCGACUAACAAAUACAGCAGGGCUCUCCUCUGCGUUUGCAUUUAUUAAUUCUGCAGCCAUCCUGCACUUCAGGCUCGCCACGCUGGCUCUUGGCGCCUGAACGUCGGCGCUCCCUCCCUGGAUUAGAAGCGUUAGAUUGCAGGGUCAGAUCAUGGACUGGGGAGGAAGAGGGCAAAAGGGACAAAACUGGGUCACUCGCAGGCUCUCCUGAAUGAUGCCGGAUUGGACCUGGAGGAAUGGGGUGCACCACCAGCACAGUCGUCUUUAAUGGGCUGCGAACUGUCUUAGAGAGGAACUGUAGCGGCUACAUCUGUAAAGGAGCUGCUGAGCCCAUUGGGCCAACUGAGGUUGAGCGAGCGCUGAGUCGGAGGGAGUCUCGUAUCUUUCCGACACCGAGAGUGCUUAAGGUAAAACCUAAGGUGAUCGAGCCGCUGGACUAUGAAAAUGUUCUGGUGCAGAGGAAGACUCAGAUCCUCAGUGAUGUCCUCAGAGACAUGCUGCAGUUUCCCCUGGAGGACUUUGAGAUUUUGACUUUGAGGCGGCAAGGAAGGAGCCUCUACCCUACAGUGCCUGACAAUGCAGAGAGAGAGGCUCAGAGUCUGUUUGUCCAAGAGUGCAUUAAGACCUACAAGACAGACUGGCAUGUUGUCAACUACAAGUAUGAAGCUUAUUCGGGAGACUUCCGCCAGCUUCCAAACAAAGUUUCCAGGCCUGACAAACUGGCAGUCCAUGUCUUUGAAGUGGAUGAGGACGUUGACAAAGACGAAGAUACAGCCUCACUUGGAUCUCAAAAGGAUGGGAUCACCAAACAUGGUUGGCUCUAUAAAGGCAACAUGAACAGUGCUAUCAGUGUUACCAUGAGGUCAUUCAAGAGAAGAUAUUUCCAUCUGACACAGUUGGGAGACGGCUCUUACAAUUUAAACUUCUACAAGGACGAGAAGAUCUCCAAAGAGCCCAAAGGAACCAUUUUCUUGGACUCCUGUAUGGGCGUUGUUCAGAAUAACAAGGUUCGGAGGUUUGCUUUUGAGCUGAAGAUGCAAGAUAAGAGCGCCUACCUGCUGGCUGCAGACAGUGAAGGGGAGAUGGAAGAUUGGAUCAACACGCUCAACAAGAUCUUACACAGCAGCUUUGAGAUCGCGAUGCAGGACAAGAGGAAUGGAGACAGCCAUGAUGAUGAUGAUCUUGGAAAAUUGGACAGUUCUUCUGGCAGUAUGGACAGUUUUCAGAGCACAAGAGAUAUAGAGUCAAGGAUGAGGAACGAAACAAGAUUGAAGCUUUUCACCCUUGACCCUGAUACACAGAAACUGGAUUUCUCAGGAAUAGAACCAGAUGUCAAGCAGUUUGAAGAGAAGUUUGGCAAGCGCAUGCUCAUUAACUGCAAUGACCUCUCUUUUAAUCUGCAAAGCUGUGUGGCUGAGAAUGAGGAGGGACCAACAACAAACGUGGAGCCAUUCUACGUGACCCUUUCACUGUUCGACAUCCAAAAUGGAAGGAAGAUCUCGUCUGACUUCCACGUGGACCUCAACCACCCAUCUGUCAGGGGCAUGAUGCCCAAUUUUGAGAGACAGUAUAUAAAUGGAGGAGGAGAAAUUAUCCCUGAAGGUCCACGAUUGAUCCACGGAGUGCCAGACACAGUCAUCCGCUAUCCUCGACAGGGAGUGUUCUCUGUAACAUGUCCCCACCCGGAUAUCUUCCUGGUGGCUCGCAUUGAGAAGGUGCUGCAGGGAGGAAUCAAUCACUGUGCCGAGCCUUACAUGAAGAAUUCUGACUCCACCAAGGUGGCUCAGAAAGUCCUGAAAAAUGCCAAGCUGGCAUGUAACCGCUUGGGCCAGUACAGGAUGCCUUUUGCUUGGUCAGCAAGGCCGUUGUUCAAAGAUGCUUCUGGGACUCUUGACAAAAGUGCUCGCUUCUCACCUUUGUACAGACAGGACAACAACAAGCUGUCCAAUGAGGACAUGCUCAAACUGCUGGCUGACUUCCGAAAGCCAGAGAAGAUGGCCAAGCUUCCUGUAAUCCUCGGAAACCUUGACAUUAACAUCGACAAUGUUGCCCCCGACUUGACCAAUUGUGUUACCUCAUCCUACAUUCCUGUGAAGCAGUUUAAUGUGAGCGAGAAGAGCCCCAUCUUCUUUGAGGUGGAGGAGUUUGUGCCAUACAUAGCCAAAUGUUCCCAACCUUUCACCAUCUACAAUAAUCACCUCUACGUCUACCCCAAAUUCUUGAAGUACGACGGCCAGAAGUCUUUUGCGAAGGCUAGAAACCUGGCUGUCUGCAUUGAGUUCAUGGACUCAGAUAAUGAAGAUGCUUUACCACUUAAGUGCAUCUAUGGGCGGCCUGGAGGACCUCUGUUUAGUAAAAAUGCCUUUGCUGCAGUAUUACAUCAUCAGCAGAACCCCGAGUUCUACGAUGAGUUUAAGAUUGAGCUUCCAACCCAACUCCAUGAGAAACAUCAUCUGCUCUUCACUCUCUACCAUGUCAGCUGUGAGAGCAACAGCAAAGCCAGCACUAAAAAGAGAGAGCAGGUUGAGACGCAAGUGGGUUACGCCUGGCUUCCGCUACUGAAAGACGGCCGUGUGAUCAUGAACGAGUGUCACAUCCCUGUGGCGGCCAAUCUGCCCGCUGGAUAUCUCAGCUGCCAGGAAGGUGCAAGUAAGCAUUCGGGUCCAGAAGUGAAAUGGGUGGAUGGAGGCAAACCUUUAUUUAAAGUGUCGACUCACCUCGUGUCCACCAUUUACACUCAGGAUCAACAUUUGCACAAUUUCUUUCAUCACUGUCAGAGCAUAACAUCGUCACCUCAGGCACAAGGAGGUGAACUAGUCAAAUACCUGAAGAGUCUGCACGCCAUGGAGAGUCACGUGAUGAUCAAGUUCUUGCCCACUACACUGAAUCAGCUGUUUAGAGUGCUGACCAGUGCCAGCCAAGAAGACGUGGCGGUCAACGUCACAAGAGUCAUGAUCCACAUUGUAGCCCAGUGUCAUGAGGAGGGAUUGGAGCACUACCUGAGAUCAUAUGUGAAGUUUGUUUUCAAGACUGAGCCAUACACAGCGUCCACCACCCAAACCGUGCACGAAGAGCUGGCUAAAGCCAUGACCGCCAUCCUGAAGCCUUCCACUGACUUCCUCACUUGUAACAAGCUCCUCAAGUACUCCUGGUAUUUCUUUGAAGCCUUAAUCAAGUCCAUGGCUCAGUAUUUGAUUGAGAGUUGUAAAUUGAAGCUGUCCCGGAAUCAGAGAUUCUCAGCAUCCUUCCAUCACACUGUUGAGACUGUGGUCAACAUGAUGAUGCCUCACAUAACCCAGAAAUACAAAGACAAUCUAGAUGCAGCCAGGAACGCCAACCACAGCCUGGCUGUCUUCAUCAAGCGCUGUUUCAACCUGAUGGACAGGGGUUUUGUAUUUAAACAAAUCAACAACUACAUCAACUGCUUUAUGCCUGGAGAUCCAAAGACGCUGUUUGAGUUCAAGUUUGAGUUCCUGCGUGUUGUGUGCAACCACGAGCACUAUGUUCCCUUAAACCUCCCCAUGCCUUUUGGAAAGGGGAGAAUACUGAGAUUUCAAGACCUCCAACUGGAUUACUCGCUGACAGAUGACUUUUGUAAGAACCACUUCCUGGUUGGGUUGCUUCUCCGGGAGGUCAACGCAGCCCUGCAGGAGUUUAGGGAGAUUCGACAGAUAGCAAUCCAGGUGCUGAAGAACCUGAUGAUAAAGCACACGUUCGACGACCGCUACACCUCAAAAAGUCAGCAGGCGAGGUUGGCGACCCUCUACUUGCCUCUGUUUGGUUUGCUGCAAGAGAAUGUCAACAGGCUGAAUGUGAAGGAAGUUACCCCCUUCCCCAUCAACCACUGUAACAAUAAUGGAAGAGAAGAUUCCCUCCUCACUAACGCUUUGAUGACACCACCCAGAUCAAGCACUUUUUUGGACACGAGCUUGCACAAAGAUGUUUUUGGAGUAAUUUCUGGAACUGCCUCUCCGCAAACAUCCUCUACACCCAACAUUAACUCUGUGCGCCACGCAGACUCGAGAGGGUCCCUCAUCAGCACCGACUCUGGCAACAGUCUGCCCGAAAGGAACGUGGAAAAGGGCAACUCUUUAGACAAGAGCCAGGCUGCCUCGUCAUUGGGCAGCUCCCUUCUCCGAUGCGAUAAAUUAGAGCAGGCGGAGAUCAAGUGCUUCCUCAUGUGCUUCCUACAUGUGCUCAAAAGCAUGUCUGAGGAUGCUUUGUUCACAUACUGGAACAAAGCUACAUCUGCUGAGCUGAUGGACUUCUUCACACUUGUCGAGGUGUGUCUCCAUCAAUUCAGAUACAUGGGAAAGCGAUACAUCGCAAGGAACCAGGACGGGGCAGGACAUGUAGCACAUGAGCGGAAGUCUCAGACUCUGCCUGUGUCCCGUAACAGGGCGGGAAUGAUGCAUGCCCGCUUACAGCAGCUCAGCAGCCUGGAUAACUCAUACACUUUUAACCACACUUACAGUCACAUGGACGCAGACGCAUUAAAUCACUCUCUGCUGGAGGCCAACAUUGCCACUGAAGUGUGCCUCACCGUCCUGGACACCCUCAGUAUCUUUAUCAUGGGUUUCAAGACCCAGCUAUGCUCUGACCACGGCCACAGUCCACUGAUGAAGAAAGUUUUUGAAGUCCACCUCUGUUUUCUACGGAUCAAUCAGUCGGAAACUGCCCUCAAACAAGUCUUCACUUCACUGCGGACGUUCAUCUACAAGUUUCCCAGCACGUUUUUUGAAGGCCGUGCUGACAUGUGCGCAGCAUUCUGCUACGAGAUCUUAAAGUGUUGUAACUCCAAACUGAGCUCCAUUCGCAGUGAUGCCGCCCAUCUGCUCUACUUUCUCAUGAAGAGCAACUUUGACUACACAGGACGCAAGUCUUUUGUCAGGACACACUUGCAGGUGGUGAUUGCUGUAAGUCAGUUGAUAGCAGAUGUCAUCGGUAUUGGAAGUACUCGCUUCCAGCAUUCCUUGUCCAUAAUCAACAACUGUGCCAACAGUGACAGAACUAUCAAGAACACAGCUUUCCCGUCUGAUGUGAAGGACCUGACCAAGCGUAUCCGAACAGUGUUGAUGGCGACUGCUCAGAUGAAGGAGCACGAGAGAGACCCUGAGAUGCUGGUGGACCUUCAGUACAGCCUGGCUAAGUCUUACACCAGCACACCGGAGCUCAGAAAAACCUGGCUGGACAGCAUGGCUCGGAUCCACGUGAAGAACGGAGAUUUGUCAGAGGCAGCCAUGUGCUACAUUCACGUGGCAGCGCUGGUGGCAGAAUACCUACGGAGAAAAGGAAUGUUCAAACAAGGAUGCUCUGCAUUCCAAGUUGUGACGCCAAAUGUUGACGAAGAGGCCGCCAUGAUGGAGGAUGUUGGCAUGCAGGACGUCCACUUCAAUGAAGACGUCCUCAUGGAGCUUUUGGAGGAGUGUGCCGACGGCCUGUGGAAAGCCGAGCGCUACGAGCUCAUCUCGGACAUUUACAAGUUAAUCAUCCCUAUUUAUGAGAAGCGGAGGGACUUUGAGAAACUGGCCCACCUAUACGACACGUUGCAUCGAGCAUACAGUAAAGUGACAGAGGUGAUGCACACAGGCAAAAGGCUACUGGGCACCUACUUCAGAGUAGCUUUCUUUGGUCAGGGCUUCUUUGAGGAUGAAGACGGGAAGGAAUAUAUCUACAAAGAACCCAAAUUCACGCCGUUGUCCGAGAUAUCUCAGAGGCUCCUGAAGUUGUACUCGGACAAGUUUGGCCAAGAGAAUGUAAAGAUGAUUCAGGACUCUGGAAAGAUCAACCCUAAAGACCUGGACUCUAAGUAUGCAUAUAUACAAGUGACACACGUGACGCCUUACUUGGAGGACAAGGAACUGGCGGACAGGAAGACUGAUUUUGAAAAAAGCCACAACAUCCGCCGCUUUGUGUUCGAGAUGCCUUUCACCGUGUCGGGCAAAAAGCAAGGCGGGGUGGAGGAGCAGUGCAAACGCAGGACUAUUCUAACUACCACACACCGUUUCCCUUAUGUGAAGAAACGUAUCGCUGUGAUGUACCAGCAACACAACGAUCUCAGCCCCAUCGAGGUGGCCAUCGAUGAGAUGAGCAAGAAGGUGGCUGAGAUAAAUCAGCUGUGCUCCUGCAGCGAGGUGGACAUGAUUCGGCUGCAGCUCAAACUGCAGGGAAGCAUCAGCGUCCAGGUGAAUGCCGGACCGCUCGCGUAUGCCCGUGCUUUUCUAGAUGACGCGAGUGCCAAGAAGUAUCCUGAUAACAAGGUCAAACAGCUGAAAGAGGUCUUUAGACAUUUCGUUGAGGCGUGCGGACACGGCUUGGGCAUCAACGAGCGUCUCAUUAAAGAAGACCAGCAGGAGUAUCAUGACGAGAUGAAGGCCAACUAUAGAGACCUGGCCAGAGAGCUGUCGAUCAUCAUGCACGAGCAAAUCAGUACUGUGGAAGACGGCAUCAAAAGCACUCUUCCUGACUCGCUUCAAAUCUUCAACGCCAUCAGUGGCACGCCAACGGGGGCCACCAUCCAGGGCAUCCCCAGCUCUUCUUCUGUGGUAUGAAGAGCCCGAAAGCAGUCAGGCAAGGGAACCAAGGACCUCCUGCAGGCACAGAUUGAACAGGUCUCGCUGCUCAUUUACUUGGCUUUUGGUCUCAGCUAAAGACCAGGACUUUGUGUAUCUUGCAUACACGCACGCGUAGAUUGACAGCGGGGACUCCUGAACAUGACGUGAUGUCAUUUAUCCUCAGAGACUGGAGAUGUUCCCUUUCCUGGAUGCUUCAUAUGCAUGUCCUCACAUGACAUGAUUUGUCUUCUUUUUGAUACAUCAGUCACAUUGUUUCUAUGUACAGUACACUUUUAUAAUUCACUCUAUUGAUGUAUACAUAAGCAGUAUACUGUAUACAGCAUACCCAUCACCCUUGUACAUGAUGUCAUAUUUCUACAAUUGUAUCCUCCUAUAUGUUAGCCAACAUGAAAUUGCUUCACUGUCGUGGGAGGGUUUUAGACUAUUUAAAGCCAAUUGCAUCCAAAAAAAAAAAAAAAAGGUAGACCGAGUUGUUUGUGUAUAUAUGAAAAGAAAAAGGAGCGUGUGCAAUAUUUGCAAAGGGUUUUGCCGUGUGGAGCUCAUACACUGUACUGUUGUUCACCUUCAUGCCAAAGCGAGGAGGGAUGGAACCUGACUGCGCCGACUACGGAGUGGGAUCGUUUGAAGCUUUUACCAUUUUAGUGUUAAUCCAAUUUAAAUAGUUUGUUGUCUUUGGGCCGCAGUUGUUGUUUUUUUUUUUUUUUUUUGUAUUCAACACAAAUCACAGUUCUGCUGUAAGCUGAUGUUCCCCGACGUUUUUCUUUAACUAAAAUACAAGAAUUUCUCUGCAA